UUAGGCCUCCUCCCCAACACUGCGCAGCCCAGCCGCCCCCCCUUCUCUCUCUCUUCUCUUUUCUCUGUGCUUGUCAUCCUCUUAUCCCAUCCCCUUCCUCCCUCUCACUAUGGGGUCCAAAACCCAUCUGAGUUUUGGGCUUCUUUGUGCUUGUUUGGCGCUUCUUGUUGCGUCCUUGCAUGGGAUUACAACAGAGAGGUUUCACCAUGCGAAUAAAAACAAGCAGCACAACAACGGGACGGCGGGCCGGAGGGAUCAAAGCAAGAGGAUUAGCUGUGACUUCUUCCAAGGGAGCUGGGUCUAUGAUGAUACAUAUCCUCUCUAUGACUCAUCGAGCUGCCCGUUCGUCGAGCCCGAGUUCGACUGCCAGAAGCAUGGCCGGCCCGACAAGCUCUACCUCAAGUACAGGUGGAUGCCCAAUGCCUGCGACCUCCCAAGGUUUAAUGGGAAGGAUUUCUUGGAGCGAUGGAGGGGAAAGAAGAUUAUGUUUGUGGGCGACUCCAUAAGCCAGAAUCAGUGGGAGUCGCUUGCUUGCAUGCUCCAUGCGUCGGUGCCCUACGCCCGGACCAGCUUCACCAGGUCUAAGACUCCCUGGACUCUCACAUUUGAGGACUAUGGAGUGUCGGUGUUGUUCUACCGCUCGACGUACCUGGUCGACAUUAUCAGCGGACCAAGGGGGCGUGUCCUCAAGCUCGACUCCAUCGAGGGCGGCAAAGAGUGGCUCGGCUACGAUGUCUUAAUCUUCAACACAUGGCAUUGGUGGACUCACACAGGCAAAAGCCAACCAUGGGACUAUGUUCAGGAUGGAGGCCAGGUACUCAAGGACAUGGAUAGGUUGCAGGCCUUCUCCAAGGGGUUGACCACAUGGGCCAAAUGGAUCAACUACAACAUCAACCCAGCGGCGACCAAAGUCUUCUUUCAAGGAAUCUCCCCAACCCAUUACCGAGGAUCGGAUUGGGGUGAGCCUACUGCAGGGGAUUGUUCUAAACAGACACAGCCAGUCAGCGGAUCAACAUACUCAGGAGGUCCAGUUCCAGGACAAGGCAUAGUUAAGAACGUCCUAAGUACCAUAUCAAAACCAGUCUAUCUGCUAGACAUAACCUUACUCUCGCAGCUCAGGAAAGAUGCGCAUCCAUCUAAAUACAGUGGAGAUCAUCCAGGCAUGGACUGCAGCCACUGGUGCCUUGCUGGCCUUCCAGAUACAUGGAAUCAGAUCCUAUACGCAGCACUCUUUAACAAAAAGUGAGAUGAAACAUGAUUUAUGCAAGAAAACAGAAAAGAACCCAAUUCCCAUUACUGAUUAAUGAUUGAAAGCAUUCUUUUCAAUGUAGUUUGCUUGUUUAUUUAGUUGUUAAUAAUGGACAGUGCUGUACAAGGCAUCCAUCAAUCCUUUUUGAUGCCUUGAAAGGUGAGAAAUAAACUCUGUUUUUUGUGAAGAAAUUUUAAUUUUCA